AUGGCAGCUGUACAGGGGAAUGCCGGUGGUACUAGCAGCAGCAGUGUCGAGGCUGCUGGUGCUGCUGCUGGCGAUUCGGUGGAUGGGGAUGGAAGUGAAUCGGUGGUUCCGAGCGUGCCAGUGUUGCAAGUCCCACCCGAGAGUGAAGCCUCGAUCGACGUUGGGAAAGGCAAAACCGUGAAAGUCACACUCGAAGAGCCUAUGGAGGGCAAAAGGAGGUUGACAUCUUGGACGUGGAACUUUGCGAGUAGAUUCAGCCCGUCCAUCAACGGGAAGAACGUGGUGUGUUUGGUGAAGAAGGCUGAUGGGACGCCCUGUGGCCGCCUGAUGAAGUGGGAAGGAGCAGCACUCGGCAAGAAAGGGACGGGAACUUCUGGGAUUUCCAAGCACCUCGAGAUAUGUCACAAGAGCGAGGUGGACAAACACAAGGCCAAAGUAGGCGCAUCGGAGGACAACACAGCACCCAUUGUGGCAGCACUCGGUGAGUUUUUUUUUUUUUGCCCAAGACUAAAGAAUAAAGAAUCACGAGAUGGCCGUGUGUAUAGAUUAUACAGCGCACCGAGCUCAUCGUCGCUCAUGAACUACAUGGUGCCGACGAUGACCAAGGCACGGAAGGAUGCUGCCGACCGCCGUUUCGUCCUCUGGUGCUGCAUCGACCUGAGGCCGGAGCAACUGCGGUUCGACCAAGGCUUCAAGCUCUUCUUGGGGUCUCUGUCCCCGGAGUACGUGACAACCACAAUGGCGAAGAGCACGUUUAACCAGACCUUGGACGAGCUUUACGGCACGGUGCUCUCAUCCGUCGUGGGCGAGUUGCGGACGCUACGAGAGGAGAACCUCGGCAUGGGGUAUUCGGGACCCUUCCUUGGUGCCCAGCUGGAUCUUACAACAGCGGCCGGCGAGGAAUACAUCACCUUCACCGUAACGUUCGUGAAGAAGGGCGAUACGGACAUGACCCGCAUCGCGCUUGCGGCACGAGCGUUUCCCGGGAGCCACACUGCCGAGGAUAUCCAACCCUGGAUUGAGAAGCUCACGCUAGAGUACUUUUCGGGAUUCAUGGGCGAGUCUGUACAGCCCUCGGACGUCUUCCUCGCGUUUACGGUGGAUCAAGGAAAGAACAUCAUCAACGCGUGUACGGCGUUGGGUGUUACGGUGGUCGAGUGCAACUGCCACCGCCUCAACACCGCAGUCGUGUGGGCGUUGGGCAUUGCCGGGAAAGGGAGGUUGAACCCAGCGAUGGGCACACUCAUGAAGAAGCUGGCAGCGAUGGUUGGUGUCUUCAGCCACUCCGCCGUCAACAACGACGAGCUGAAGGAACUCCAGAGGCUAGAAGAGGGCUUUUCGCGCAUCUACGAGCUUCUCAGGCGGAACGACACGAGGUGGACCAGCCAGUUCAAGAUGAUGGACCGUGUCCUAGCCUUGAAGAAGCCCAUCUCCGAGUAUUUCAAGAAAUACCCCCAGAACGAGCGCAAGCUGACACCGAACGAGUGGACCAUCACCAACGAGGUGUGCAGCCUCCUGAGCGACGUUUCCGAGGUCACCAUACGGAUGCAAGGGUCCGUCGAUACGCAUGUCGGCCAGGCGAUGUUCAUCCUACACGAGCUGAUCGAGAUGCUGGGGGAGGACACCCACCCAAUCCGACAGCCGAACGCCACUGUCAUGCCGCUCCCACCGGAAGGCAUCCCCACGGACGACACUCAGGUAAUGGACCUGACCGCGGAGGCGCAGUGCGUGCUUGAGGUGCUGCAGGAAAAGAUGAGAGAAAAGGGGAUGGGGAGCGCUCAGGUUGCUGUGGAGCGUCUGUCCGCGUUGAUGGACCCGAGGCGAAAGUCGCUUGACAGCGACCAACUCGAGAACGGUUCUGCAGAUCUCAGGAAGAAGGCCGAAGACGACUUGAAAGCGGUCAUCGCCAAGUUUGACGUCGGGCCGGCUACGGCGGCGCCAGCGCCAGCACCAGUAAUGAACCUCGACCCGGUGGAACCCGCACCCAAGAAGAAGAAGCUCUCGAGAUUGGAGGAACGGCGCGCGGCACGUGUGGCGGCAGCUACCACCGGCGGCGAUGAGACCGGUUCUCUCGAGGACCAGUCUCCCUCCACGACCCGGCGCGUGCUGAUCGAACGGGAGGUUUUGGUGUACCUGGCCGAAAAUCCACAGCUCGAUGUCGAUGGUUUCAACGUUCUGGGGUAUUGGAAUAGGCGGGGCACUGACAGCGUGUCCGCGACGACUGGCAAGGUCACAUCUCCGGCAGAAAUGCCCUACCUAGCGUUCAUCGCUCGGUUGUACCUCGGGAUCGAGGCCACCAGCUGUCAGGCCGAACGCAAUUUCUCAGCGCUUGCUCACCUGAUCGGCCAACUACGCUGCAACAUGCUUCCAAGCAAGGUUGAGCGCAUGAUGUUCAUCAGGCUGAACAGGCACUUGGUUGCCGAAGUCCGCGAGCUGGACGCUGCAGUCGUGAAGGCGAAAGCUGCGAAAACUAAGGUCGCACAGAGCUCGAUGGCUGCUCAGGAGGAGAGGGCGAACCAAACAGUUGACCUUUGCUUGUAG